AUGUCGUUCCCGGCUAUUUUUCGAUGGCUUGUAUCUGCCAUAAAAGCACCACAUUCGAAAAUCUGGGGACUGUCUGCACUUCUUCAGUCGCCUGCAAGCAGUCCUAAGAAGGAUGACUACCAUAUUCAGCAGGAAAAUAUAUUAAAACUCCUCAAAGGAAGUUCAUAUACAAUCCCUCACCUUGAGAAUGUCCUUAAAGGAUGGUAUAUGGGAGUCAACCCGGCGUAUGACAAGAUAAAAGCUGAGGAGGGAGAAUUCUUGAAAAAGUAUGUUGGAUCCGUGCCACAUUGGGUUCUCUCAGAGGCACCAGUCUAA